GCAAGCUGGUCCUGUCACGAUUUCAAUGCCUGCAUUGCAGUGUGCGCUGCGCCUCUGAGCCCUUUCCUUUGCACCUUCCCUUGUGUCGCACUCGCGCCAUUUAAACCGCUACGAGCUCGCUAGCAAAGCUAGCACUCCAGCGACGAGACGACGCCAGCGACGAAGAGCGCGGCGGCCGGUUUAUUUGGUAAAGCAUGGCGGUGGUGGUGGCGGGCAGCAGGGCGAGAGCGGAGCGGGCGAGGCUGCAGUGGCGGGAGCAGGAGCCCAGGAGCCCCGAGAUGGCCGCGCCGCCACCAAGACCACCCAGGUCGCGCCCGGCGAGGGCGGCGGUCGUCUACUACCUGGCGAGGAACGGCCACCUCGAGCACCCGCACUUCAUGGAGGUCGUGCUCUCCUGCCCCGACGGCCUCUACCUCCGAGAUGUGAUCGACCGGCUCGACGCGCUGAGAGGCAAAGGGAUGGCGCGCAUGUACUCAUGGGCGUCCAAGAGGAGCUACCGGAACGGCUUCGUGUGGCACGACCUGGCGGACGACGAUUACAUCCACCCCGUGGUCGGAAGGGAGUACGUGCUCAAGGGCACCGAGCGCCUGCACCCGGUGCCGCCGGCGGCGCUGCUCGACGCGGCGGCCGCGUCCUCGUCGUCGUCCGGCUCGCAGGACACGCCCACCUCGUCGUCCUCUGCCAGGUGGGAGGCGCACGGCAGGCCGGCGCACCGAAUGAAGAGCGCCACCAGCGCGUGCGGCACGGCUGACCUUGGCGAGUACGUGGUGUACAAGGGCGAGGAGGGCGCCGCGGACGCCGCGACGCAGACCGAGGACGGCGGGCGCGCUCACGGCCACGGCCACAGCCAGAGGCGCGUCGUCCUGGCCCCCGCCGCGCAGGAGGAGCUGAGCGGGGCGGAGACGUCGCCGCCGACGGCGUCGACGAGCCCCGAGACGCUGGAGGCGCUGAUCAAGGCGGACGGGCGCGUCGUGGCGGCCGUCAGCGGUAGCGGCCGGGCCAGGGCGUCCUCCGUGCUGAUGCAGCUCAUCUCGUGCGGGUCCGUGUCCGUGCGGGACGCGCGCGCCUCCCCGGUGAUGCCGCGCGCGCACCACCACCGCGCCCGCCGCCCGCCCCGCCCGCCGCCGUCCGCGGCCGUGGAGCUACCGUCGUACCGCGCCAAGAUCGUGGAGGACAAGGAGUACUUCAGCGGGAGCAUCAUCGAGACCGCAAAGCGCUCGCCGGCCGACGACGUGACGUCGUCCCAAGACCUGGCCGUUCUCCGGCGGUCGGCUUCGUACAACGCGGAGAGGGUGAUAAAGCUGGAGCUGGCAAAGGAGGCCGGGGACCUGCAUGACCGCUGCAUCCCGCGGAAGACCAAGGGCAAGAAAGAGGGCUACCUGGUCAUCUCCUGCAGCGCGCAGGCGCAGGGGAAUAAUAAGGGAUGACGUGGGCGUCUUCGUUGCUAGCGUAUGGCCGUCGUCCGGCGAUCGAUGAGCUUAGCUGGUCCCGCCGGGGGAAAACGGCGACCUGGCGUGGCGCCGGCCUAUGUGCCUUCUUCUUUCUUGCGUCGGGAACAGUAGAUAAGUGUCCAGUAGUCUGUGGUCCAGUUUGAUGUCGUCUGCUUGUUAGAUGCUGAUUGCUGAAUGCCUGUGAUUUUCCGUGUGAGCUACCACUCUAAUGUUAAGAGCAAGUAUUAUAAUACAGCCAGCAGCUGACUGUAAGAUUUCUUUACAGCCUUCUUGCAGCCCACUCAUAUAAUGGUUAGCUCAUCACUAUUAAUACA